GCUGCCCCUGUGGCAAUUAUUCCGUAGCCUGUCACCGCGUCCCGUGACAGCGGGGCCAGCUAAUGCAUUCCCUGCUUGAAGAACACAUGGAGGGUUGAAUCAACCGCACAUGCCAUGCGAGGCUGAGUGCUGAUCUAAAUCCCAACUUGUCCUUUCUGAGCGCCACAACCGAGCUCACAUUCCCGCACGCAGCCUUACAUCAAUGCGAUGGUCUGAUUUUGUCCCCCGAGUCGAGUCGAGCCGAGCCGAGUCCCACUGCGGAGUUAGAUGGAGGGAAUCGCGAACGACGAUGGCCAGGAAGCUGGCCUUCCUCCAAUGCCGGCCUCUACCUCGACCAACGCAAUGCAGACCUCCAGAGCGCAAUUGCCGAAGAUGGCAGCUAUGAAUGGGAUUGAAGGCCGACCCGGUGCCUAUCUUCCAUCGCCAUUACUGACUCCCACCGAUCAAUCGCCGAACCCUUCGCCGCCGCCUCCCGAUUCGCCUUCGAUGCAAGAGAACAACACCAUGGGAAAUGGCCAAGCCGCGAGCUUGAGCAUGGAUGCAUAUGGAGACGGCACUAGGAAGACACGGAGUCGAUCGGGAACAAAGACCAGGGCGGGUGAAGGAGUUCGACGAUUAUCAGCCUCUCAGAUGCAGGAGCUGACUGCGGCACCGGAUUCUCUGCCCAUUGCUUCUAUUUCCGACCACCCACCUCCCCAACGGCAACAGCCUUUGUCCGCCGGUUUCGCCGAGACGAUCUGUCGUCAGCCAAUCCAACCGACUGGGCGGGAUCGUACCGAUACCGUAUCUUCAGAUGGGGCAAACCCGCGAGCGACUCGCCCUCCACGGCCGAGAAUACCAUUGCGAACUCUCUCUACUCCUCCCACAGGUCGGCGGAAGUCGACCAGUCAGCCCCCGACCGAUCCAUCCGCCAAGCGCCGAAACUCGGCCAACCAUACACCCCAUCCUCCUCCUCUAAAUCUUGCGGCCCGCGGCAGCCUUCCUCCCGCCACAGCCCAGAUGGCUGCCCGUGCUAGACCUGACGCGAACGACCCCCCGCCGCCGCCGUCUCCCAUACCGCCCACCAUCCCGCUCCCUCCCAUGUCCAUACCCACCGUGCUCCAGCUGGAACUGGCCGCGCAACGGCCCAGUCCACUGUACAUCCACCAUUCCUACGCGAGCGAUCUGCCGUACGAGUCGAGCGCGAUCAAAUUUGAACGCCUGAAGAAUUUCCUACUACUUCCCUCGUACUUCGAGAGAACCAUGAACUUUGGCGUGUUGGCUUGCUUGGAUGCAUGGCUCUGGACCUUUACCAUCCUGCCAAUGCGCUUCUUCGGCGCGCUGGGCGUCUUGGUUCGGUGGUGGGGGUAUCUAAUCCGCAAGGAGGUUCACUGGCUACUUGUUUUUGUGUGGUCCGGGCUCGGCAGACUGUGGACGAGGACUCGGCGCGGCAGACACUCUUCGAGAAGAGCCAGCAACGUCUCGGCUGGGAGCAGCGCCACCGAGGAAUCCCGAAGCCGAAGCAGGUCGCAUGGGGCUUUUGCCAACGGUACUGGAUUUGCCGCCGCUGGUAAUGGCCCCGAUGGACAGACUCGGCAUCGAAUGGAUAACGCGAGACUGAACAACGGCAAUGGCGAGACCCGUGGGCCCAAGAAGCAAGCCUCCAAGUCGCAGCAAUCCGCGUUCCGACACCGACGGACAAAGUCUGUACCAUCGACUUUGUCCUCGGUUCACAAGGCCGACCUCCUUCAGGGGGCUGUCAUCAUUUGCAGCUCUAUAUUCCUCAUGAAUCUCGACGCCAGUAGAAUGUAUCACUUCAUCCGCGCGCAGUCAGCGAUGAAGCUAUACGUCAUCUAUAACGUCCUCGAAGUCAGCGACCGGCUUCUCUCUGCCCUCGGCCAGGACAUCUUCGAGUGUCUGUUCAGCUCCGAGACUCUGUCCCGCAACAGCUCCGGCCGUUCCAAGAUCCUCCUCCCGUUUGGCAUGUUCCUGCUCUCACUGACAUACAACACGUUGCAUUCGGUCGUCCUGUUCUAUCAGGUCACCACUCUCAACGUUGCUGUCAACUCGUACUCGAAUGCCCUGCUCACCCUUCUCAUCUCGAACCAGUUCGUCGAGAUUAAGAGCAGCGUGUUCAAGCGGUUCGAGAAGGAAAACACCUUCCAACUCACGUGCGCCGACAUCGUCGAGCGCUUCCAGAUGUGGAUCAUGCUCCUCAUCAUCGGCAUGCGCAACGUCGUCGAGGUCGGCGGUCUUUCCGUACCAGGCGCUGGAACCGAGACGGGCGGCGAUGACCCAACGAGCAGAGUCCCCCUGCACUCAGCCUCAGUCCUCCCAGCCAGCUUCACCAUCGUGCCCUCGUGGCUCCUUUCCGGGGAGGUCUUAUCGCCCUUCCUGAUUGUCAUCGGCAGCGAGAUGAUUGUCGACUGGAUCAAGCACGCCUACAUCAACAAGUUCAACAACAUCAGACCUACACUAUACAGUCGAAUCCUUGACAUCCUGUCCAAGGAUUAUUACACCAGCGCCUUCGCCGCCCCAUCGCUCACCCGCCGUCUGGGACUCCCGCUCAUCCCGCUCUCAUGCCUCUUCAUCCGCGCCUCAGUCCAGACCUACAACAUGUUCCUAGCCACCCACCUCCCGGCCCCUCCCCUACCAUCCACCCAGACCUCCCUCUCCGUCGGUUCGACCCCCACGCCGUCAUCCUCCUCCCCCGCCGUCGUCUCGGCCCUCGACCGCCUCGACACCAUCAUCCGCUCCGCCCUCGGCCGCGCCGUCCACGGCGACCCACAGCAGCAGCACCACCACGACCACCACCACCCCAGCAACGGCACCGGCACCGUCGGCACCGGCAGCAUCCUGCCGGCCUGGGCGCGCUGGACCAGUGACGACGCCGUGGCGGCCGUCACCAUGGUGGUGGUCUUCCUGCUCGUGUUCCUCGCCCUGCUCGUCGUCAAGCUCGUCCUCGGCAUGGCGCUGCUGCGGUACUCGCGCGACCGGUAUGCGCGCAUGAAGGUGCGCGAGCACGCUGUGGCCCAGGGCCGCGAGCCCCCCUUGCCGUCGGACGAGGCGAGGGGGAAGCGGGUCGGCGGGCACGGGGAGGUGGAGACGGGGGAGGAGCGGCGGAGGUGGAUCUACGCCGAGGACGCUGAGGGGCUGAGGAAGGCGAGGGCGAAGGAGCGGAGGGCCGAGAGGGGGCCUGAGAGGGAGAGAGAUAUUGAUAAGAUUGUGAGGUAUGAGAUGGUUGCUAAGAGGAUUUGGUAGGCUGGUAGUGCUUGCUGCUUUUAGCGGGUUUGCUGGGGGUGGAUGUGUGUUUUUAUGUUUGUAGUAUUGCUUCCUGCCAGGCAUUUACGAGGUGUUGUUUAUUUAUUUUCUUAGUCGGUUUAACAGGUUAUGACUACCUGCUUACAACCUAGCCUUAUACGUUAGAUGGGGGUUGAUAAGUCGAUUCACGCAUUUACAGAGUAUCGCCGGGACCUUUUCUUGCCUCUGUGGUUGACUAGAGGUAUGAUGGUUAACAAAGAGCUUGAUAUACCGAGCUGGCGAUGUACGCUGGCAUGUUGUUCACGGUUUGGCCUGCUGACUUGGCGAUAAACUAUUGGGUACUAUGGCUUAUCCGGAACGGCACAAAUCGAUCCAGUUGUCCAUGUGUUAUUUAUCUGCUCCGAGAGUUGUGCCUAUCUAACUGUCUCAUGG